AUGCCUCCGCCUACCUCAGAGCGAGCCCGCUCCACACGCGCAAAGGCCCAAACGCCUGCGCCUGUUGUUCCUCGCAUCAUUCCCGCCGUUCCCUUGUCUUUUGAGCGCAAGUCGAAGAAGCCGCAGCCUGAGAGCCGCCCAACACCCAAGCCUUCUGCUGAGCUUGCCGACCAAGUCGCACCAACCGCCGCACCUGCCCACAACCCUCAAAACACGCGCGUCAAAGAUCUUGCAGACGGCAAUCACGCUCCCGCCGCGGCUGAGGGCAUUGUGGACGCAGACGCCGUUGAGGAGGCUGCCGCUGAUGCUCCGCGUGUGACGUCCCAAGUCGCUCCGUCAACGGCUGAAAGUGAUAGCAAAAUUGCCACUCCGGCGCCUGAGCCCCACCAGGAACCGUCUCGAGAGCUUGGUCAGGCCGGCUCGCGUGAGCAGCAACACUCCGGACCACAAGCCCGCCAGCAACGCCCGCCCUUCGAGCUUCCCCCGCCAUUCUAUCCUUCCACCGAUCGCUCUACUCCUACGUCGGCUACCUCGUCCACAUUCACCCGCCCGCAGCCUCCUACGAACCCUCCGAUCAUGCACAAUCCGAGAGCUAGUGCCAACAGCAUCGUUUUCGGCGGAUAUCCCGACUCUUCUAGUGUUUCCCCAGCCCCUCCAGCCACAAACGGAAACUUUCCAUAUCCUCCCCCGCCUGGAGCGUACCCAGCUUCCACUAUGGUGGCGCCGCCUUAUCCGUUCCCAGCCCAGACGCAUCAGUUCUCGGAACCCCACACGGGUAUGAUGCCUGCUGCCAUGGCGCCAAAUGGCUGGAGGAGGGUCGACCAACCUUUGCCGCCUCAUCUUCGACAAGGCCAUUCCACGCCAAACCAAAGCGUAUCCAAUUCCGGCUUCUCUCCAAUCCACCCUAGUGCCGGCUAUGGCCAAUCCUUCUCCCCCGUCCACAUCAACGGCAUUCAUCCUCUCUCGAGGUCAGGCUCACAGGCUUCGUCACCGAGGAUUCCGGUAAUGGACGAUAUGCCCAACGAGGCCUCCUUGGAUGAUGGUGGCCGCAAGCGCUUCGUUCAGAACGGCGUGCAUUCUCGCAAAGCGCCGGCGCCCGUCUUCCCACCCGUUUACCCACAAGCCACUCCCGAGUUCGGCUUGAGGGACUAUAUGCGCUCUCAGUUUGGCUCACGCGUGUAUGCGGACUCUGUGCUUAAGCUUUACCCUGGUGGAGGCCGCGAGAUGAUUCUCUGCUUGCCCGUCCACAGCGUCAUACUUGGCCGCAAUCGCAAGUUUGCUGAUGUCAUAUCCAAAUCCCCGCCUUUCCACUCCGAGGCUGGCUUGCGUGUUCUCAAUGUGCUGGCCGAGGAUCGGUUCCUGGAUGGACCCAUAUUCGCCGAGGCGUUGAAGUAUUUGUACAGUGAGGACAUGCUGGGCCCGAGGAACUUUCUCCAAGGCCUGCCGCCCUUCACUGGCAACGUGGGCGAAGGCAACGGGUACGGGUCUCCUGCACAACGGAUGAGCCAUGCCCUUGCCUAUGCGGCAGCUGGGUUCUGGCUGGAGCUUCGUUGCAUUGUGAGCCGUGGGCUCGAGAUUGCCACGGAGCUUCUCCGCUGGGACACUGUUGAGACGGCUCUGGUCUUUGGGCUUGACGGCGGCCUUGACGCUAGUUGGCGUGUCGACGAUGCGCUCGAAGACUCGUCUAGCGAUGACGCAUCUUCGAGGUUUGACACUGACCUGGUGCCCAGCUAUGGGUCGUACAGCACGCACUUCUUGCAGACGAUCAACGGGUUCCUGGUGCACAACUUCCCUGAAGAUUUCGAGCUUGACACGUCUGCGGCGCCUCUCCACGACAUUCGGCGCAGGCCAUCGAUGGAGGAGGCCAGGCCGGUCAGCCGCAACCCCCGUCUUAGCCAGAUUCGGUUCGGAGAGGUGCCGGUCGACUCGACGGGCCCGUCGCAGUACGUCAGCAGCAUCUUGUCGGGAAUCCUCCUGUCGCUGCCAUUCCCUGUGCUCAAGGCUCUGCUCGAAGACUUUGCGCUCUGCAGCCGUCUCGGCAGGGGCAGGGUGGCUCAGUUGAUGCAGGCGGUGGUUGCAGAACGUGAGGCGCGUCGCAUGAAGGUGCGCAGUCAGGUGGAGGGCGACGAGGGCAUGAAGCAGAGCAUGGUGUGGUGCGAGCGGGUCGAGGCGUCGGCGCACCAUGCAUCCGGAUACCGUCUUGGGCGUUCGCGUCAAGACAUUGAUACCCCCAGGUCGUCGGACGAGCAGAUGCACUAG